AGCACCCGCAACAGCCCACAAUCACCGUUCCAUCCCCGCCACAACAGAACGAUUUCCAGAGCCCCCCUCUUCCUCAGCCCAAGCCACUACACGCGUCUGCCAGACACAGCAUCUUCACACCAAUCGACGACAGCCAGUCCAUGCUCGCAGCACACUGGGGCAGCAGCAACAACUCAAACCUGUCUCGCAGCGAAGCCCCCUACAUCAAACAGGAGAACCGAGCGCAGUCGAUUGACGUGGCCGCCAUGUCGCGAUUGCAGCCAAACGGUGACCCGAAGCCUCAGGCUCAGCCUCCACAAGCGCCUGUCCAGCAGCCGCCGCAGCGGACACAGUCUACGUCUUCCAUGCCCACCAUUCCUCCUCCGUCGCGAACAAACAGCCUGCGCAUGGGUGAAAGCAAGCCGAGAUUGAGGGUGCAGAUUCCGAGCGAACAGUCCGACGCUGGAAGUGCCACGGCCGAUUCAUCUCCCAAAGACUCUGGAACUACGGGCGCAACUCCUGGACGAAGUACCGACGCAUCGCACUCUUCCGGAGUAGUCCUACCUCCUCCGUCACCAAGUGCCAACUCGCUGCUCAGUGCCGGUGCAACUGGCCCGCCUAACCCUUUUGCUCGUCCUCCACCGCCAUCGAACAGCAACUCGUACGGUAGCCGCGACAACAUGGAAACCCCCAUCUCAGCACUUCCCAGUCGCUUUGUUGAGAAUGGUCUACUUCCCUCGCCUUCCAGCUUUUACCCCGAGUGGGGUUUUGGCCGCGACUCCAACAUGCUGCCGAGCCCUUUGACUUUCCAGACUCCAGUAGCCCCGAACGGACCCAGCUUCGCCCGCGAUGAUUCUGCAGAGCGCAAGCGCAAGACGUCUGAUCAGGGCUCAGAUGACGGCAACCAGAAGCGAGUCAAGACCUGAGCAGCGUAACAGAGCUCGAAAGGCUCUUUUGCAGCAAUCUUCUUUCUCGUGUGGCCUUGGCCAUACUGUAUUUGUACCCCUUAUUUUUAUCUUUCUGUCACGGUCUUUACUUCCUGGAGGCCAGCCAGCGAUGCUCGAUGCAUACUACAUACUGUAUGUGUUGUUUUUUUUGAAGGAUUUGUAGAACUUGGGUGCAGGGGCGUUGGAUACCCACGAUGAUUAUCGUUGUUGUCAUCUAGUAUUUUGUCUCGUUUCACAAUUUGACGGUUGCACUUGGGCUCUCUUGGGCUACCGGUUAUGGCAUGACGAACGAUCAGAGUUGCGAUUUGCACUUCUUUGUAAAAAAUAAUACCAAUGAACAACUUGGAUGAGUCCACCCAAACAUACAA